AUGCCAACUGUUGGCUCCAGCAUCUCCUCCCCUAGUGGUUUGGGUAUCCGUAUCCCCUCGCCGCCGACCCAGCCUGCUCUCUUCCGUGGUCUCAGCUUCUCCUUUGUUGGCUUCGAUGCUGAAAGCCUCCGCACAGCAGCAGAAAAUGCAUCAGAUGCAGCGGGAGGGCCCAAAGAUGCUGUCUCUGGGGGGGGCAGAGCUGGUGCUGGCCCCCUAUCGGGGGCACUUGCUGCAGAUGCUGCAGCGGCAGAAGCUAUCCUCCAACUGAUGCAAAAGAAAGCAGAGGAGCAAACAUGUCAUGUGCUGAGAUCAGAUGCAGCAGCAGCAGCAACCGGCAGCAACAGCAACAACAAUAGCAACCAGCACAAGCCGCAGCAACACCAAAAAGCACCAGCAGCACCAGCAGCAGCAGCAGCUGCAGCAGCAGCAGCAGUGUGCAGCAUGUGUCUGCAGGCUGGAGCUCGAGUAUUGGAGGCAACCCGCGAGGGUAUUUCUGCAGCAGGUUUUUUGAUAUGUAAUUUUUCUGCUGCAUUUGUUUAUCUCAGCAGACUGGCGGCGGCUUCUCGGUUGAGUGCUGCAGGGGAGCUGAGUGGUGUACAUACAGAGCCGCACCAAGUGGUAGCUGCGCUUGAGUUGGAGCCGCUAAGAUUACUAACCCCUUUCUGGCUUUUCGCCUGUCUCCGUGAUGGGCGUGUGUAUGCUCCUGACGCGCAUGCACUCUUUCGUGUUUCAGCAGCUCUUAACCACACCCACCCACCGCUGUGGCGGCUGCAGCAACCUGUACAGCCCCACCCUCCUCCUCCUCCUGCUCUCCCUCUUUCUCCUUAUUCAUGGGUUAGCCAGAGAGUUCUCUUGCUGGGAUUCACCCGGCGGCUGCGCCGCGUCAGGUUACCCCGAAGCUUCGCCUAUGCUCUUCUUUCUUCAGAUUCAGAAGAAGGGGAGAGAGGAGGAGAAAAACAAGAAACAGCGGCUGGCUAUGCACUUGCAGCACAUGAUAUAGAGAUGGCUGCUGCAUGCGUUGAGGCUCUUGGGGGUAUUUGUGUAUCUGCAUCUUCAGUAUUAAAGUCCGUGCAGAAACAGUCUAUAGAAGAAACAGAAGCAGCAACAGAAACAGAUACAACCAGCAAUGCAUUAGAUAGAUUCGGUGUUGAUGUUGUUGUCGUCGGUCAGCUAUCACGGCUCCAAAAAGCAAACGUUUCUCUGCUAGGUACUGGUGAAGAUAUUUAUGAGCCUAGCACGCAGAAAAUGAAAAGAAAUACACAAGAAAAAAAGAAAAGAUUGGGGGCAAAAGCAAAGCUUGAACUGCUAUACAAGUUGCAGGGACGCGGCAUUCCUUGUGUAUAUCAUCAGUGGCUACUGGAUGCGUAUUGCUUUGGGCGUGCACCGCCUUUGGAUAUGUAUGCUGUCGCUACACAGCCAGCUCACCAAGGCGAAGCGACAGCACCGCCCAGCGCUGCGGCGCGGAGGCAGCAAGUGCUGCAGGGUGUACAAGUGCUUGUAGCAGACUCCGAAGUAACCCGAGAUCCAGCGCUAAUACAACGUGUAGGGGAGCUCGGGUGUACAGACGUCACGGCAAUCCCCUCCCUCCUGGGUAUCUGCCCGUGGCUUUUCAGCUGCAACGCCACACGGGAACUCGCUGCAGUGCUGGAUAAUGAUAGUUUUAGUGGUGCUGCAACCUGCCUUGUUUCUGUGAUGUUGUUUUGUUGUUACCAGCUGGAGCGAGCUGAAGCCGCAAGGAAGCGGAGCUCUCAAGACUUUGCCUCCGUGCUGUUCGUGAUUAAGCGAGAGGAAUUAGCGGGGCUUCUGGACUUGGCCGCUGUCGCUGCCGAAGCCAUUGAGGCAACAGGCAGCCAACAGGUGGUUGAAGGUGCGCCAACGGGGAGAGCUGCAAGCACGCGGAGCGCCCAGCGCCAGCAGGCUCCUCCGCUGCAGCAGGACCCGCAGCAGCAGAAGAUACGGACAUUGAUUUCCGCUGCGCAACAGCGUGUGCUGCAGCAGCUACCAGCUGAGAUGGCCCGCCAGGCGCAGCGCUUGUGGGAGGGCGCAACGAACGGUGCACACCGUCCAGUAGUAACCGAUGCCACUACCUUUGUCGCCAAGCGCAACGUCGCAGCCCUUGCAGAAACAGCGCCACUAGCAGUUUCGCCGGAGUGGAUUGCCAGUUGCUGGGCCGAGGCUCGUCGGGUUCCUGUCGAUUCGGCUCACGGGCGAAUCGAGGCACCAGACUUCUGGGCCGAUGCUCUUGCCUCUGAUUCGGCCGGAAACGUAGAGGAUGCUGCGCUGUUAGCAGCGCUUCAAGACUGUGGCGGUGCAGUCAUAUAUGGAGAUCUCCCAGUUGUGAAUGACGCGGAAGAAGCGAGGCUAAGGAGAGCGGUGGGAGCCCUUGAACAUGCAUUAACUAUCGCCUGGGACCUUCAACAGGACCGGCUCUUGGAGCAGGCACCCUAA